GUCCUCAAGUGAGUCCAUCCUUUGGCAGGCCACAUCCAGAUCUUUGAUUACAGUUUGUGCUCGAUGGCGGCGGCGAGUAGACGUCGUUUGGGCAACGCCUGUCCCGCCUUCAUGCCCCUGCCCGAUUGGAAACAAGCGGACUUGCAGCGUUCGCAUGUCGUGUGGGAGUGGAUCGAGAGGGGUCAGGACCACGAUGUGGUUGGUGGGGGCAACUUCUUGAUGCGUUGUCGGCUGUGCCAUGACGUCUUCCCAGGUUCCAGAUCCAGGGCAGUAGAACACUUCACAAAACAAAACGCACACUGUCCACGACGGACCGGUGAGAUGCUGUGGGGAUUGCAGCGGGCAGGAGCAAAGCUUAAGGAACCGUUGUCACAGAGAUUAGCCGCGGAGCAUGCUGAUGCUUUGGAGGGGGCGCUGGCUAUGGAUGACAUGGGCAGAGGUCAGGGUGGUGUUCUGACGGACGAACCCGCGAGAGAGGUAGAAGAGCAUGCCACAGAGCACGGCCGGGAUGUGAACAUCGUGGAUCGUGCGGAGGAGGUGCCUGGGCGUGGACGAGAUGCAGAUGAUGGACGUGACCUCUUGUGGUCGCUUGUCGGUAUGCCGACAGGCGGUGCCGGUGGAUCCCACCGACCAAGGCGCAAGUUGGGACACGCAUCCGCUGACGAAAGGCGAACGGGGAAGAACGCUGCCCCGAAGUUGUUCGACGGUUGGUCAACGGGUGUUCAUCGGAUGUUCAACGGGUGUUCAACGGGUGUUCAACGGGUGUUCAAUGGGUGUUCAACGGGUGUUCAACGGGUGUUCAACGGCGUACAACGGGGUUGGACGGGGUUGGACGGGGUUGGACGGGGUUGGACGGGGUUUGAACGGGGGGGUUCGACGACAUCGAACGCAGGCUUGGCAGUUGGCGAAACGGGGCGGGGGUUGGGACGGGGCAGGCUGGGGAUACGACCUUGUCUGAAGAGGCUGCGGCAGCAGAAGAUGACGGUCACGUAUGGUGGCGAGUGGAUUGGUCGGUGGAGGAAGACAUUAUUUUGCUGGGAGUAUUCCCGCGGGAUUGCCUUCAAUGCCUUCCGCAACACGCCGUGGAGGGACCUCGAGGAGGUUGCUCUUCAACAACCUGGUGGAGAACCUCUUCCCGUGCUUCCCUCCCACAUCGAGAUCGCAAGCAUGCGAGUUGUGGAGAUUCACCGCGAGGAAUUGGCGGAGGAGUUGGAGGAGGUGAGGCAGCCAUUAUGGUUCGAGGACUUCCACAUGCAGCAGGGUAGGUCUGGGACAUGGGGCGGGGGAGAGGGCCUCGCUCAAGCGCGUACUAGUUGCAGCGGAGACUGCGAGAUGUUGGAGUGUGUGUCGUGGUGGUCUCAGUAUGGGGGAGACGCGUCCGAUUUACAGUAUUGUGCCCUUCGUUUGAUGCACAUGUCGUCCUGCGCCUCUCCAGCAGAGAGGAACUGGGCAGUCCACGAGGGCAUCCAUACAAAGAAGCGCAAUCAGUUGACCUUCGAGAAGGUCGUUCAUCUUGUUGAGAUCAUCGCAAAUGUGCGGUUGAUGGAGUAUAGACGUGCAGGUUGUGGAUACGUCCUCCAUUGGCAGCGAGACGAGGGCAUGCUUGACGCUCAGGCCGGAUUGGAGUUGGAGCCAGUGCGCUCGGGGACGAGGAGUGGGAUGACGGAGGAGGAGAUCGAGGAGCAGGCUGCCCUCAUUACGCGCGAUCCCAUUGGGUCCUCUGCACUGCCCCUUGUUGAGUCUAUUUUCGGUGCUCGUGCGGCUAUCUUCCGCCCAUACCCCAAGGACGAUGCCUCUGAGGACGAGAGGGAGCUGGAAGCAGCGGACGACUCCAUGCUUCCCGUCCACGCAAGAUUGACGAGUUGCACGAGGAGGGAGACCGUAGCCCGUCAGCUCGUUUUGGACCCGCAUGCAUCAGGGGACUUGGGGGAGGUGGGUGUUCAUAGCGGGGCACCACCGAUGGAGGAGAGGGAGAGACGAGCGGAGGAGCACGGAGCCUCCGGAGCGGGCGGAGUUGAGGGUAUUCGGGGUAUGGAGGAGGAGGUAGCUGGAGCAGUGGGGAGCGUGGUGGAGGUAGAUGAUGGGGCGCAGGUCGAGAGAGAGGAGGCCAUGGCGAGGGUGCAUGAUGGUGAGCAGGUUGAGAGAGUGGAGGGCGUGCUGCCGUCGGAGGUUGAGAGAGAGGACGAUGUGCUGAGGACGCAGGUUGAGAGAGAGGAGGGCGUGGCAGGGGUAGAUGAUGGUGAUGCGCAGGUUGAGAUGGAGGAGGACGUGAUGAGGGCAGAUGUUGCUGCGUUGGUUGGGGGAGAGGAGGUCGUGGUAGGGGGGGACGUCGCCCAUGGUAGGGGAGAGGGAGGCGACCACCUUGCCCCGAUCGUCCAGCGUUUCGUCGAUGACGAGAUGGGUCCCGCACUAGCAGGUUUGACCCCGGGCACGAGGAGGGCACUGGGGGCGUCGCCAUUAGAACAGACAGGGGCGUCAGGGAUGGCCCAGAUGGGGAUGCGGGAUUUCAUAGAUAUAUCUUUGGGGGAUCCUCCCAGCCCUCGUCACGCAGAGAGAGAGGAUAUGGCGCGUGCCCUAGCGGCCGCCGGCUACUCCACAUAGAAGAUCGAGCAGGCAUUCGCAGGACACUCCGGGAGAGAGACAGACACGCUUCAGCAGGGGUGCGAG